AUGGCUCUGCUGAACCGUCUGGCUUCCGCGCUGGAGUCCCACAGGGUCCGGGACCGCCUGGAGGAGGACACCUUCAUCCGAUGGCUGUCUGUCCUGAAUAACGUGACUGACCAGCUGUACUAUCCUUGUGAGCAUAUCGCCUGGGCUGCCGAUGCCAAGGUCCUCCGGGUGGAUUCCGCUUGGUGGUGGACACUGAACACAGCCCUCUGGACUCUCUCUCUCCUCCUUGGAGCUGUCAAGGCCCUGUGGACAAUGCUGAAGCUAAGACAGAAGCUGCGGAGCCCCACAGGCACCUCUGCAAGCCAGCUGCCCAGGAGCAAGCAGAGGGCCAUGGAGGCACGGAUAUGCUCAGAGGUUUUAACUCUACUCAGCAACCUGGCUGACCUGGCAAAUGCUGUGCACUGGUUGCCCCGCGGUGUCCUGUGGGCUGGCCGCUUCCCACCUUGGCUGGUGGGUCUCAUGGGCACCAUCUCCUCCGUCCUCAGCACGUGUCAAGCUGUCAGGGCUGGCAGACAGGCCGAGGCAGACAGCCCCUGACGAGCCCUGGAGUGGCAGGUGGAGGACNCUGUGGUGCUCGACAGGACUCAGAUUCCCAGAGUGGGCACCACUGGCCACUGGUGCAUCCAUACGUGUGUGCUCCAGUGCUGGCCCCUGGGCCGGGUGGGAAAGGGGCUGAAAUGGGAUCUUCCCAGGCUCCCCAGCUAGGUAGGGUUUCAGGGGAAGCUGCUCUCUGGGGGACAGGGGGGGCACAUGAGAACCUCAGGACUCUCAGCCAAGGGCAAGGUUAGCAAAGUCCCAGGAGGACAGUGCUAGAACUUCCCACCGGCUGGCUUGCCUAAAGGUGAGUGGGAGAGAGACAUUGUGCCUCAGGUCGGGCUUCGGCCAAGCUGGAAUAUAGGAAUGUCUAUUAAAUCUCUU